AUGUGUGGACUGUAUGAUAUGCGGGUAGAGCUGCACCAAUACCACUGGAAGAGUGCUGCUGUCCUUGCCAGUGAAAGAAACGCUGCACAAGAGGUGCGAAAUAGCAUAGAAAAUCAAGUCAAAGAGCUGACUGAAGAAAAUGAACAGUUGAAGAGAACAGUUGAUGAGCUAGAGAGUAAAAUUGAAGAGUUGCACAAACAAAUUGAUAACAUGAAAGGAGAAGAAAAUUCAGUGAAGGAAAAAAUAGAGAGAUAUGAGGAAGAGAAGCAACAAUUAGAAGCAGCUUUGAAACAUGCUGAAAAGGAGGCAAAAGAAUUGGUGGUGUUAAAAGGGUCUUUGGAAAGCCAACUAGAAGAUAUGCAGGAGAACAUCCGUUGUAUUUCGCAGGAACGGCAACAGUUAACUCAGCAGUUAAAAGAUGAAACUUACCAGAAGGAACAGUUAAAGCAGAUAAAGAAUGAAAUGGAGAAUGAACGAUGGCAACUGAACAAGACUGUUGAAAAGUUACAGGAGGAGAUGUCUGAAAUGGUAGAGGUCUCAAGAACAUCAACGCUGGAGCUUCAGAACCACCUUGAUGAAUACAAGGAGAAAAAUCGCAGGGAACUUGCAGAUGUGCAGAGACAAUUAAAAGAGAAAAACCUUGAGGUAGAAAAAUCACGCCUGACAGCCAUGAGAAUGCAAGAUGAGAUGCGUCUUAUGGAAGAAAACUUGAGGGACCACCAAAGAGCUCAGGAUGAGGCAAUAACAAAAACUCAGCUCCUAGAACAGACUGUGAAAGGCUUGGAGUAUGAACUGGAAGCCAAAAACCACUUAAAAGACGAUCGGGCAAGACAAAUCAAACUAAUGGAGGACAAGUUAUCUCACCUGGAACUUGAGCUUGAUGAAGAAAAGACUAAUUCGGAUUUGUUGUCUGAGAGGAUCAGUAGAUGCAGAGAACAGAUUGAACAAAUGAGGACAGAGCUACUUCAGGAAAGAGCUAUAAAGCAAGAUUUGGAAUGUGACAAAAUUUCAUUGGAAAGACAGAACAAAGACUUGAAGAGCCGAAUCCUUCACCUGGAGGGUUCUUACCGAUCCAGUAAAGAGGGACUUGUUGCUCAAAUGGAAGUGAGGAUCACAGAGCUAGAAGAACGACUUGAAAAUGAAGAGAGAGAUAGAGCUAAUUUCCAACUAAGUAACCGCAGACUUGAAAGAAAAGUGAAGGAGUUAAUGUUGCAAGUAGAUGAUGAACAUCUCUCAUUGACUGAUCAAAAGGACCAGUUGAGUUUGCGUUUGAAAGCAAUGAAACGUCAAGUUGAAGAAGCUGAAGAAGAAAUAGACAGACUGGAAAGUGCUAAAAAGAAACUCCAGAGGGAACUGGAAGAGCAACUAGACAUGAAUGAACAAUUGCAAGGACAGCUUAAUGCUGCAAAGAAGGAAAUAAGACUGAAGAAGUCGCCAAGUAAGGUGUUGGCUGAUUCUGAUGAUGAUGACGAUGAUGAUUUCAGCACGGAUGGUGAUAGUGUCUGUGAAGUACCUUCAGGAAAUAACUUUUCAAAAGAUGAACAAGACAAAAAUCUAAAUAAGUACUGAAUCUGUAAUUCCUUGAAAGUACUGGAAGAAUAACAUAAAUUAUCAAGAAACUGGAUGUUCUAGAAGUCAAAUGACAUAAAGGGAUUUAAGAGUUGGGAAUAUAAUGUUUCCAUCCAUACUGUGCCAUUUUCCUAUUUAGAUGUCCACUGUUUAUUAUAGAAAACAGGAUUGCAUUAUAAAACAUGGAUAUAUAUAUAACUGCUACUGAAAAGAUGGGGGUAAUAUUUCACAUUGGAAAUGUGAUUUUGCUAAAAUUCUGUUUAAGUAAAAAGCCAUUUGAAAGUAAUUCAAAAUUAGUUUGUAGUUAUUAUUUUCCCUAAAAUUAAGGAAACCAGAGAUGAUUAUUUAAUAAUUGUAAGUACAGGGAAAUGAUGUAUAAAAUGUAAAUAUUUUAAACCUGAUCUUUUUAUUGACUACUUUAGUACUAUUUUGUAAAGUUUCAAAUAUUAUAUAAAUCAGUUUCAUAUGUAAA